AUGGGCUGGGUCCAGUGGGGUGAGGUUCAGCAAGGCCAAGCGCUGAGUCCUGCGCCUGGGACGCAACAACCCCGUGCAGUGCUACCGACUGGGGGAAGAGUGGCUGGAGAGCUGCCUGGAGGUGAAGGACCUGGGGGUGUUGUUGGUUGACAGCCGACUGAACAUGAGCCAGCAGUGUGCCCAGGUGGCCAGAGAGGCCAAUGGCGUCUUGGCUUGUAUCAGAAACGGUGUGACCAGCAGGUCCAGGGGAGGGAUCAUCCUCCUCAACGCUGGUGAGGCCACAUCUCAAAUCCUGUGUUCAGUUCUGGGCCCCUCGCUACAACAAAGAAAUUGUGGUGCUGGAGCAUGUCCAGAGAAGGGCGACGAAGCUGGUGAAGGGGCUGGAGAGCAAGUCCUGGCAGGAGUGGCCGAGGGAACUGGAGUUAAGUCUCCAGAAGAGGAGGCUGCUUACAACUUAUCACUGCCUACAACUGCCUGAAAGGAGGUUGUAGAGAGUGAAUUUAUGCAAGACACAGAAACAGUUAAAGAAGGUAAGGUCACAGAGAACUGCCAGCCGUGCUUGUGCGAAGAAGCUAACAUUGAGGAAGGAGAUAGUGAUGAGGAUGUUGAUGAAGAGGAGGAUGAAGACUGGGACUGGGAUGAUGAGGUGGGAAGACUCACAAAGCGCCACAAUGCUGCUGGUGGAUAUAAUCCACAGGCAAAUAGACAGACUCCUAGUUGCUGUUCAGCAAAAAUGUCUACCCCUACAGACAAGGCUUUAAGGAAAUUUGAACAUAAAAUUAAUUUAGAUAAGUUAAAUUUUGAUGACUCUGUUAUAAACAGAGUUACAGAAAAGUCUAGGCAGAAGGAGGCGGACAUGUACCGAGUCAAAGACAAGUCAGACAGAGCAACAGUAGAACAGGUGUUGGAUCCAAGGACACGAAUGAUUCUGUUCAAGAUGCUAUCUAGAGGUGUCAUAUCAGAAAUCAAUGGCUGCAUCAGCACAGGGAAAGAAGCUAAUGUAUAUCAUGCCAGUACUGCGAAUGGAGAGAACAGAGCAAUCAAGAUUUACAAAACCUCUAUUUUGAUGUUUAAGGAUCGGGAUAAAUAUGUGAGUGGUGAAUUCAGAUUUCGUCAUGGAUACUGCAAGGGCAACCCGAGGAAAAUGGUGAAGACAUGGGCUGAAAAAGAAAUGAGGAAUUUAAUAAGAUUGAAUACAGCCCAGAUACCUUGCCCGGAGCCAAUUAUGCUAAGAAGUCAUGUGCUUCUCAUGGGCUUUAUUGGUAAAGGUGAUAGGCCUGCUCCUCUGCUGAAGAACGCUCAGUUAUCUGACUCCAAAGUCCGGGAGCUGUACCUGCAAAUAAUCCAGUACAUGAGAAGAAUGUACCAAGAUGCCAGACUUGUUCACGCAGAUCUCAGUGAAUUUAAUAUGCUAUACCACAGCGGGGACGUGUACAUCAUUGAUGUGUCUCAGGCAGUGGAGCAUGACCAUCCGCAUGCACUGGAGUUCCUGCGAAAGGAUUGUGCCAACGUUAAUGACUUUUUCCAGAAGCACAAUGUUGCAGUGAUGACUGUGAGGGAGCUGUUUGAGUUUAUUACUGAUCCUUCUAUCACAAGUGAGAACAUUGAUGACUAUCUGUCUAAGGCAAUGGAAAUAGCAUCGAAAAGAACAGAGGAGGAAAGAUCCAGUCAAGAUAAAGUAGAUGAGGAAGUAUUUAAGAAGGCUUACAUACCGCGAACUUUGACUGAAGUUAAAAACUAUGAAAGAGAUGUGGAUAUAAUGAUGAAAUUGAAAGAAGAGGAUAUGGCAUUGAAUGUUCAGCAAGAUAACAUUCUCUACCAGACUGUGACAGGACUGAAGAAGGAUUUGUCUGGUGUUCAGAAGAUUCCUGCACUUCUUGAAAAGACAGCAGAUGAGUCAGAAACGGACUCUGAUGAUGAUGACGAUGUUAGCAGUUCUGAGGACUCUGAUUUGGGCUGCAAAGAAUCUAUACAUCCCAAAGACAAACCUGCUGAAGUUAGCAUUGACAAAAAGGAAAGGAAAAAGAUGGUUAAAGAAGCUCAAAGAGAGAAGAGAAAAAACAAAAUCCCAAAGCACGUGAAGAAGCGGAAAGAAAAGACUGCAAAAAUGAAGAAAGGCAAAUAAAAUCAGCUUUGGCUUGGGGAAAGUGAUGGUUUGUUGUGGGUUAUUUGGUCACGGUCUGUCUUUUUUUUUUUU